UUUACAUGCAAAGAAUGGAAUGUAUAUAUGCAUCGGCUUAUAAGGAAAAAAGAUUUGAUUUCAUUUUAUAAUUUUUUUUUUCAUACUUUCUUGCAGUUUAUGAAGGAAGAUGGAUGAUUUUGCUACACGGCAAGCGAGUCUCAAGAGUGUUUUAACAUGCGGAAUUUGCAAAAAGCUAUGCAAAAAAGUUACCAUUAUUGAAGAAUGUUGUCACAGAUUUUGCAAGAAGUGCAUAACCAGGAAGAUAUCAGAAGAGAAAUUGCAUGUUUGUCCAGUUUGCAACCUGGAUCUAGGUGUUGCCCCAUUGCAGAAAAUUAGGCCUGAUCACCAAGUCCAAGAGAUCAGAGACAUAUUCUCAACUAAAAGAAGAGAAUACAUUGAGCGUGGACUAAUCCAAGAUAACUCGAAAAAAGGCGAAACCAGAAAGUUAGCUCAUGAGGAUGGUGAUAAUAAUAAGAGUGCCAACAUUCUCAUUGAUAAUCCAUUGCCUUCUGCUGCUGCUACAAGUUCAAGGAGAAAGGAGAAAUCAAUUGCUUCCUUAGUAAAUACUACACCUGUUGAUGAUCAAGUUCCGGUUCAGCAGAACAUUUCGGGUACUGGAAGAAGAAGAAGAGGAGGCAAAUCGCGAAAUGCUAAUAAUAAUGCUCCGCAAUUUCAAGAUUCAUCCAAAUUUAACAAUGUUGAGGUUAAUACUCAGAUAAAGGAAGAUCAUCAGCCAGGAAGUUCAUGCAUUCCUCUUCUUUCUGGCAAAGCAACUACUAAAAAUACACAACAGGUUGAGAGUGCUGCUUGUGCUACUGAGUCCUCAAAGAAUGAUACUAUCUCAAAGAAGAACAAAAGUACUGAACCAUUGGAUGGUAUGAAUGACCUAUGGGAACCAUUGAACACAUUGGUAACUAAUAAAGGUCUCACUUUAGCCAAUUCCAACAAAUCCAAAUCCUCAGAGCCUGUUGCAAACUUCACUCCACUAAUCAAUUUUAAUGACAAAGACGAAGAGAAGGAUGAAGAUGAUGAUGGAGACGAGGAGUAUGUGCCUUGUCCAAAAACAAGGGAACACAAAGUUAGCAAACAGAACAUUGUUCAUCAAAAAGAGGAAAAGAAAUCAAAUGUUGUUCCAGUUGCAGAAGUACCUGCACCAUCAAGUAGCAAUAAUAACAAUAACAAUAAUGACAAAGGAAAAGGGAAAAAGGGACGACGUGGCAGAAAGAAAAAAGAAACAAAUAGUAUUCCUGUUGCUGGUGGUGGUGGAUCAUCAAAUAAUGUGCAACAAGUACGAGUUACUCAUGAGGCUGCAGCCACAAGCAGUGGUGCUAGACUGAAUGCAAGAGUCCAUCCCAUUUGGCUCACUUUGGUUGCAUCUGAUAAGCAAGAAUGUCCGUCACCCUUACCACAGAUUUCUUCCCGCUACAUAAAGAUCAUGGAUGUGAAUAUGCCUGUUUCCUACAUAAAGAAGUAUCUUGCACUAAAACUGACUCUCCAGAGAGAAGACGAGGUGGAGGUUCGCAUGUUGGGCAUACCAUUGCGUCCCGAGCAGCAACUGCAUCAACUAAAAGAUAUGUGGUUACGUGCAGCACCUAACUCUGAAAUUAGAAAGGCAAAAGUUGGAGGUUCUGCUAAAGAUUUUGUGAUGGUUUUUACAUAUGCUUGCAAAUUAUAAACCUCAGCCUCAUUGACCAUUAUUAAUAUCAGUGUAUUAAAAAUGUACUAUUUCAGUUUCUCCUUUGCUUAAAUAUUCAUUUGAUGGGAUAUUUGCAAGAAGAAAACUUCUUGUUGCAUGUUCUUGUUACCGUUAUAUGCUUUUUGUAAACUCGGAUGCUUUUGGUUGCUUGUUUUGCACCCCCUAUCUGUUGUUUAUUAAGAAUUCUGUGUUUUUGUUUAAUA